UGGUAUCCCAACCUCGACCGAGACGGCCAGCAUAACAACGAAACCCUCGAGCGAACGCCAGACGGCAGACAUCCCCGCGAAAACCGACCAAUUGCCCGAUAGCGAGGAGCCUUUCUCGACUGGGCCCGGUCACGCGUACUCUCACUACCUCACAAACCAUGUCGACGCGACGAGCUGCCUUGUCAGUAACCUUUACCUCCUCCCGAACCGCCGGCCCAGCGAUUGCCGAUUUCUCGAGCUCCGUGCGCUGACUGUCAUCAUAUUCAGAUCCCUCUACCGCCGCUCAUUGAAGCUGGCGCUAGAUUGGGCCGUCCAUCGACACCUGUGGCGUGGCCAGGCUAUGUAUAUUCGCUCACUAUUCGAGGCCAACCGCAAUGUCACCGAUCCCCGGCAUCAAAGGGCUCUAUUGACCGAGACCGAGAAGCUGCUAGAGAGCUGGAAGCACCCCGACCCUUAUACUCCCCCGACAGCCCCCGGAGGUUCCAAGUACGAGCGAAACCUCCCGUCGCCUGUUCUCGACCGUGAGUACCUACCCGGUGGCACCCAGCCAUGGAUAAUCCGGAAACUGAUACUUGAACAGCUCCCCCACACCCUGUCAACCGACACUAAAAACUCGACUGGAUUAUUUGGGCUGUAUGAGAGGAUAUAUGUACAUAGAAGAGGAUACAGAUGGACUCGCGGACAGGGCUGUAGCAUGAAUCAAAUGAAUUUGGUCAUUCAAGUACCACAUCAGUGCGAACGAGGUUGAGGUUCGGCCACAAGAAUCAGCAUCUACCCGAAAUUACGAGCGCCAGGAAUUUUAUCAAUGGUGCAUGUUGGAAAGCUAAUCACAGCAAGCAAAUGGUUAUGCUGGAAACAACAUUUGAAUGCGGAUCAUAAGGGAAUGGUAGUGGCAAUCAGCCGACUUUUGAAGUUCAGGACAACGAGAGCAAGACGGGCAUGGUAAUGUCAAAUGACGAAAACAUUCACAAUGGAGCUAAGGCGCGAUGAUGUAGAU